AUGAUUGAAGGUAAAUAUGGCUCUACAGAUGUGCAGCAAGAUAGAGUGAAUGGACAUGAACAUCAGAAACAUAUGCAAGAAGUUGCGUUGAUUGUUGAUAAGCAGAAUGUUGAAGUCAAGAAGUAUCAAGUGAAUGAAGAGCAAGUUCAAGUGAUUGAACAAAAGACAGAACAUGUAAACCAAAGUGCAGAACCAAUACAGCACAUGAAGGUGAUUGAUUGUCAAAAUGGAUCUUCAAAGCAACAAAAUGAACAGAAAGAUGAAGUGAAUGGACAGCAGAGUGAAAAUCAAAUGCGAGUAAUUGCAGUGGGUGUUGAAAAGUCUAAUUUUUCAGAACAGACACGUAAUGUGAAUGAAGAAGAACAAGUUGAAGUGACUGAACAGAGAGAAUAUGGGCAGCAAAGUCAAGUAGCUAGUCAAGAAGAGCAACAUAGCAAGGUGAUUGACUGUCAAAAUAGCAAGGUGAUUGACUGUCAAAAUAGCAAAGUGAUUGACUGUCAAAAUGGAUCUUCAGAGCAACAAAAUAAACAGCAAGAAUAUGUGAAUGAGGAUCAAUUGCAAGAAAUCAUUGUGAGUUGUGAAAAGCAGAUUGACACAAAACUGAAACACAAAGUGGCGGAUGAGCGUAUUGAAGUAAGUACGGAUAAAAUAGUUGAAGAAUAG